UUUUUCAUCAAUUAAAUAGAACAUAUAAUUUUCAACAACUUCCCAACUGACUUCAAUUAUAUUUGUUUCAUUCUCUAGAUAUCCUUUAUUGAAGCAGUGCACUACUGGGAGCUAGCUGAGCAUAUAAGACACGGCCAGAGCACUGAGAGAUAUCAGGUAUUGAUGUAACUGGAGUGAAUAAGGGAACCUUCUUCCUGAGCACAGACAUUGGAGCCUGUUAUCAGCAUGAACUCAUAUGUGUUAGACAAACACGUGAAUAGUUCAUAUCCAUCCUUCACUAAAGAAAGCAUCAGAAUGAUACAGCAAACUCCAAAAAUCUUAGCCACCAAUACUGCAGAUAUUAACAGACAAUGGUGAAUUGGCAGGAACUUGGCAGCAAUCAUUAUGUACAGAGAGUAAUUUAGUUAUCAAACAAGAGGACAACAUUUAUGUCUUAUCUAGUGAAAUUAUUAUCCCAGAGGAUAAACCACAAACAUUUACUGAGUUUUCAAAACAUAUUAAAGAAGGGAAAAGUCUUAAGUCUAACCAAAUGAUUCAUACAAAGGAGAAACCUUUCAAAUCUACAGAAUGUGAGAAAAGCUUUAGAUGGAAGUCUCGUCUACUAGAACCCCACAAAAUACACACAGGAGAGAAACCACUCACAUGUACCGAGUGCAGCAAAUGUUUUACACGAAAGAGUGAGCUGAAAACUCAUGAAAGGAUUCACACAGGGGAAAAGCCUUUCACAUGUACAGAGUGUGGAAAAUAUUUUACUUUACAGAGUCAUCUGAAAAAGCAUGAAAGGAUUCACACAGGAGAAAAGCCUUUCACAUUUACAGAGUGUGGAAAAAGUUUUACACAAAAGAGUGAGCUGAAAACUCAUGAAAGAAUUCACACAGGGGAAAAGCCUUUCAAAUGUACAGAGUGUGGAAAAAGUUUUAUUUUACAGAGUCAUCUGAAAAAGCAUGAAAGGAUUCACACAGGGGAAAAGCCUUUCACAUGUACAGAGUGUGGAAAGAGUUUUACACGAAAGAGUGAGCUGAAAACUCAUAAAAGAAUUCACACAGGGGAAAAGCCUUUCACAUGUACAGAGUGUGGACCAAGUUUUACACAAAAGAGUGAGCUGAAAACUCAUGAAAGGAUUCACACAGGGGAAAAGCCUUUCACAUGUACAGAGUGUGGAAAAAGUUUUACACAAAAGAGUGAGCUGCAAACUCAUGAAAGGAUUCACACAGGGGAAAUGCCUUUCACAUGUACAGAGUGUGGAAAAAGUUUUACUUUACAGAGUCAUCUGAAAAAGCAUGAAAGGAUUCACACAGGAGAAAAGCCUUUCACAUGUACAGAGUGUGGAAAAAGUUUUACACAAAAGAGUGAGCUGAAAACUCAUGAAAGAAUUCACACAGGGGAAAAGCCUUUCACAUGUACAGAGUGUGGAAAAAGUUUUACACAAAAGAUUGAGCUGCAAACUCAUGAAAGGAUUCACACAGGGGAAAAGCCUUUCACAUGUACAGAGUGUGGAAAAAGUUUUACACAAAAGAGUGAGCUGCAAACUCAUGAAAGGAUUCACACAGGGGAAAAGCCUUUCACAUGUACAGAGUGUGGAAAACGUUUUACACGAAAGAGUGAGCUGAAAACUCAUGAAAGAAUUCACACAGGGGAAAAGCCUUUCACAUGUACAGAGUGUGGAAAAAGUUUUACACAAAAGAGUGAGCUGAAAACUCAUGAAAGGAUUCACACAGGGGAAAAGCCUUUCACAUGUACAGAGUGUGGAAAAAGUUUUACACAAAAGAGUGAGCUUCAAACUCAUGAAAGGAUUCACACAGGGGAAAAGCCUUUCACAUGUACAGAGUGUGGAAAAUGUUUUACACGAAUAAGUAGUCUGAAAACUCAUGAAAGGAUUCACACAGGGGAAAAGCCUUUCACAUGUACAGAGUGUGGAAAAUGUUUUACAAAAAUAAGUAGUCUGAAAACUCAUGAAAGGAUUCACACAGGAGAAAAGCCAUUCACAUGUACAGAGUGUGGGAAAUGUUUUACACAAAUGGAUCAUCUGAAAAAGCAUGAAUGGAUUCACACAGGAGUAAAGCCAUUCACAUGUACAGAGUGUGAAAAAUGUUUUACAAAUAUAAGUAGUCUGAAAACUCAUGAAAGGAUUCACACAGGAGAAAAGCCGUUCACAUGUACAGAGUGUGGGAAAUGUUUUACAGUAAAGAGUCAUCUGAAAACUCAUGAAAGGAUUCACACAGGAGAAAAGCCGUUCACAUGUACAGAGUGUGGAAAAAGUUUUACACAACAGAGUGAGCUGAAAACUCAUGAAAGGAGUCACACAGGAGAACAUCCUUUCACAUGCACAGAGUGUGGGAAAUGUUUUACAGUAAAGAGUAGUCUGAAUACUCAUGAAAGGAUUCACACAGGAGCAAAGCCGUUCACAUGUAGAGAGUGUGGGAAAUGUUUUACAGAUAAGAGUACUCUGAAUACUCAUGAAAGGAUUCACACAGGAGCAAAGCCGUUCACAUGUACUGAGUGUGACAAAUGUUUUACACGAAAGAGUGGGCUGAAAAAGCAUGAAAGGAUUCACACAGGAGAAAAGCCUUUCACGUGUACAGAGUGUGAGAAAUGUUUUACACAAAUAAAUAGUCUGAAAACUCAUGAAAGGAUUCACACAGGAGAAAAGCCUUUCACAUGUACAGAGUGUGGAAAAAGUUUUACACUAAAGAGUAAUCUGAAAAAGCAUGAAAGGAUUCACACAGGGGAAAAGCCUUUCACAUGUACAGAGUGUGGAAAUGGAUUUACAAACAAAGGUAAUUUGAAAAUUCAUGAAAGGAGUCACACAGGAGAAAAGCCCUUCACUUGUACAGAGUGUGGAAAAUGUUUUACACAAAUGGAUCAUCUGAAAAAGCAUGAAAGGAUUCACACAGGGGAAAAGCCGUUCACAUGUACAGAGUGUGGAAAAGGAUUUACACAAAUGUAUCAUCUGAAAAGUCAUGAAAGGAGUCACACAGGAGAAAAACCUUUCACAUGUACAGAGUGUGGGAAAUGUUUUACACAAAUAAAUAGUCUGAAAACUCAUGAAAGGAGUCACACAGGAGAAAAGCCUUUCACAUGUACAGCGUGUGGGAAAUGUUUUACACAAUUGGAUCAUCUGAAAAAGCAUGAAAGGAUUCACACAGGGGAAAAGCCGUUCACAUGUACAGAGUGUGGAAAAAGUUUUACACAAAUAAAUAGUCUGAAAUAUCAUGAAAGGAUUCACAAGGGAAGAAACCUUUCAUAUGUUUAGAAAGUGGAAAAAAGGUUUUUAUUGAAAUCAGGUAUCCCAAAACACCAAAUAUUUACACACAAAUAAACUUUAUAUACACAGUGUACAAACCUUUUUACAAUUAUCCUAAAGAGGGCAAACUCUAUAAAUAGAAGCAUCAAAAAGGAUCAUAUUGUAAAUAAUACUUUCUAAUCCCAGUUAUAAAAGCCCCAGAUUGGAAGUGUUCUCCUGCUGCCCUUUGUUCCUCUAUAAAUGUGCACCUCAGUUUCUCUCAUAUCAAUGUGAUAGAAUCCAAACACCACAUAGGAAUAUACAGAUCUGUCCUCAUACUGACCAGUUUACACAACCAUUCACCACCAAAUCACCCCCAGUGUUGUUUAUUAAUAUGUCAGUGUUAGGAGUUGUACGUUUGUUUUACAUAGGGGAGGAAAUAAUUACAUUUACAGAAUAAAGGAGUCUUUAUAUGAAUAAAGUGUUAGAGAAUUAUAUGAACAAGAACAUCAGUCUCAAAUGAUUGACGUCUGGGAGAUAUAUUUAAUGUUUACAUCAUGUGGAUAAAUCUUUUCUUAUAGCAAUAGAUGCUUAGCAUUCUACAUGUUAUAUACCAGAGGAAUUACUGAGGGGAAACUGAUUUUAUUUAAUGAGACACAAUAUCAGUAACCGGUACAUACGUGAUCAUAAUCAGUUUAAUUUAAAUGGCUAUUAUAACCUACAUGUAUACUGGGUAUGUAAUAUGUGGGUCAUGUGAUCAUAAUCAGUUUAAUUUAAAUGGCUACUAUAACCUACAUGUAUACGGGGUAUGUAAUAUGUGUGUCAUGUGAUCAUAAUCAGUUUAAUUUAAAUGGCUACUAUAACCUACAUGUAUACUGGGUAUGUAAUAUGUGUGUCAUGUUCUGUAACUUGAUAUUAUGCCUGUUAGAUGUUUUCAUGUUAGUUAGAAGCCACAAGAACUGAUAAUAGCACAUACUGUAUAUAUAAAGGGAACAUUAUAUGUCUGAUAAAUCCCUUUGUAUCAAGAGCACAAGUGUUAGGUAUAUUUAUACCAUUGUGUGCAUAUAUCAUGUAAUGCUGCUUUUUACUAUAUAAUGAUAUACAAUGUUUUUUUCAUGAAAAUGAAAAUGAUUGGAAUCCA